AUGAGUGGAUCGAGAGCUAUGAUCCCACCAUUGAGGAUUCUUAUCGCACACAGCUCCAAGUCGAUCCUCGAUACUGCGGGGACCGAGCAAUUCGUCGCCAUGAGGGAUCUGUACAUGAAAACCGGCCAAGGCUUCCUUCUCGUAUUCAGCAUCACAUCCUCCUCCUCACUAAGUGAACUUGCCGGCCUGCGCGAAGAGAUCAUCCGCAUAAAAGACGACGAAAACGUCCCACUCGUCAUUGUCGGUAAUAAAGCCGAUUUAGAGGAGAACCGCGCAGUGCCCCGGGCCAAGGGCUUCUCCAUCUCCCAGCGAUGGGGCGCACCCUACUACGAAGCUAGUGCGAGGACAAGGACAAACGUUGAAGAGGUCUUUAUUGAUCUCUGCAGGCAAAUGCUACGUAAGGAGGACGAACAAAACGCAAACGACGGCCCCAACGACGACUACAAGUAUGACCGCGGUCGAAGCUCGCACAAACGCCAACGACGUCGCCGAAAGAAGGAUUCACCACGAUGCGUGAUCCUAUAA